AAUUUUUUAUAAAAGCAUAUAUACCUCCUUUAGCGCAUAAAAUGCAACUAUUAUUAUUAAAUAAUAAAUAAUUAUUUGAUACCAUAUAAUGGUAAUAUAUUUUUAGCAAGAUAAAUAUCAUGACGGAUGCAAUCGAAAAAAUUAAUCGUAUUGAUCCAUUGGUUACAUUGGAAACCGAACUAGACAAAAUUGACUAUAGUAAAUUUCAAGCUGAGUCAAAAAAUGUUGGAACAAGUACUGGUCAAACGAUGUACGUAGACUUUGGUAGAAUAGACUUUGUUAUUAACGAAAAAAAAAUAGAUAGAACUCUAAUCUAUUCGUUAAAAGAAGGCGUGCAAUUUAAUAAAAGCAACAGUGAUAACAUUUUUGAUAAUUUAUGGAAGGAUCACUACGAAAAUCCCCAUAUUUCUAAUGGUCAAAAAACUGCAUCAUACAAGGAAGAAUUUGAAAAAUUUUAUAAUAUUGGAAAAGAGCUUGCAGCUCGAUUACCAAUAGCAAAUGAUAAAAAUAGGUACUAUCGCCUAUUUGCAAAAGAAAUUUUUAAAGAAAUGUUUAAAUAUACUAAUGAUGAAACAUCAAUACCAAAUGAUGCCAUUUUAGACGAACUAAUAACCAAUUGCAAUCAAGGCGGCUAUAUAGGGGCGUUAUACAGCGAUAACAAACCUUAUUACCAUUUAAUGGUAACACAUAAUUUAAUGGUUAAUUCUAAUCCUAUAUUACACAUUAAUUGCAAGACGCAAGAUAACGUAAUAGUUAGUCUCAAUGAGAAAGUGACUAUUACACCCAUUGGCAUAAAGAAGAAAAUAUGUGAUUUUAGUAGCUCAUUAAAUUUUACACUUGAAUCUAAAGAUGGCAAAAAUAUAACAUGUAAGGAUGGAAAAUUCUCACUUGCUGUUCCUACAAGACUAAAAAGUUAUAAUGUAAAUAAUAAAAACUUUUUUUAUGCCAUAAGGGAUUGUUUUCAAAAACUUUGUGAAAAAUUUGGGUUGUGUAGAAGGAAAAUAGAACGUAGUUUUAGUCAAAUGUCAGAAAGUGGUCAUUUGGACAAUAUAAGAACACCAACUACACUUAUAAUGUGUAGACCAAGAUCAAAUACCAUUUGAUGAUUUCUCAUCUUUAUUGCAAGUUGUGUAUGCAAACAGUGCUUUAUUAGAUCUCUAACAAAUCUAUUUAUGAUGGUAAUUUUAUCGUCAAUACACAUAUACACCGCGCUGGCUGGCCCUUCUAUGCACCCCCUUCUCUCAUCAUAAAUAGAUUUGUUAGAGAUCUAACGUAAUCAUUUUACAAUAAAAUUGUAAUUUUUUAUUUCUAUAUACCGUAGUAAUUCCAUUAAUAGCUUCGCUAAAAACUUGAAUUACUUGAAAAAAUAAUACAUAUUUUUGAAAUAGAAGUAGAAAUUUUAUGAAAAAAGUAAUAUUCUCAAGUUUAGUUUGUAAUACUCUAUUAUGGUAUGACCAUAUGAUUUUUGGCCAUCUGGCAAAUAUCAUUGGCAGCAUCUUUUUUCCAUCAGAUGAUUCUUUAAUCAGUAUAUUGAAGGCUUUUGCAGUAUUUGCAGUAGGUUUUUUCAUGAGACCAAUAGGCGCUGCUGCAUUUGGUCAUAUUGGUGAUAGGUAUGGAAGAAGAGUUGCAUUGUUACUUUCAAUUGUACUUAUGACUCUAUCAACUGUCUCAAUUGCUUUUAUUCCAGGAUACGAGAGUAUAGGAGUGCUUGCAUCAAUACUCAUACUCUCUUUGAGAUUGCUUCAGGGAAUAUCUCUCGGCGGAGAAGCGGGAAAUGCUCUAUUUUUAAUAGAAUGCGCCCCUAAAAAUAAAAGAGGUUUUUUUGGUAGUAUUGAAGUAUUAAGUGCUAUUCUUGGCUCAGUGUUAAGCCUUGUAUCCAUAUUAAUAUGUAAAAAAAUAUCUGACUUUGAAGCUUGGGGGUGGAGGUUAACUUUUAUUUUAAGCUUAAUAAUAGGAUUGCUCAGUAUAUAUAUGAGGUACAUGCUGGAUGAAAGUCCUGAAUAUAAAAAACAAAAAAAUCAACCUAAACUACCACUGAAAGAGCUAUUUCAUAACUACAAAAGACCUCUUCUUAUAUCAAUAGGUGUUGAUAUAGUUGAAAAUUCAUCUCUCUAUAUGUAUCUAAUAUUUUUUAGUGCUCUCA